AUGCAUUCGAGGCUAAGUUUUUUAUUGGCACGCGCUGCUAGAAAUUCCUAUUCUUCAAUUUAUUCUGCUCGUUCACCACCAUUGUCACCAAACCCAAGGUUAAGAAGAGUAUUUUCAGCAUACAACAAUAAAUGCAAUGCCGGUGACUUUUUUGGGUUGUCUCACUCUCGUCUCUCUAGAAAUUUAAUUGGUUUUGUCAAAAUUCGGCGUGAGUUUAGUGGCUACGCCAUCGAGCAGUUCUCUGAUGAUGAGUAUGAGUGUGAUUACGAAAAUCACCCGGCAUCAUCGUCAGUGGCCAACAUUGAUGAGUGGAAAUGGAAACUCAGUAUGCUUUUACGUAGUGAAAACGAUCAAGAAAUUGUCUCCAGAGAUAAAAGGGACAGGAGAGACUUUGAGCAAAUAUCCAACCUUGCAAAACGGAUGGGCCUUUACUGUGAUGUGUAUGGGAAAGUGGUAGUUGCAAGCAAGUUACCUCUUCCCAACUACAGGCCAGAUCUCGAUGAUAAGCGGCCUCAAAGAGAGGUUGUUAUCCCAUUAAGUUUGCAAAGGAGGGUUGAGGGUUUGCUACAGGAACAUCUUGAUAGAAUUGUGCUGAAUUCUGAAAACGUGGAUGACUCUUCUGCCAUGACAGAGGCUGUGGAUCAGGUUGAACAUGUAAAUACUGAUGAAAAUGGAGAUUCAUUCCUAGAUGGGUCCGUCAUGGAGAAGGUUCUCCAGAGACGGAGCUUGCGCCUGCGUAAUAUGCAGAGAACUUGGCAGGAGUCACCUGAAGGCAAGAGGAUGCUGAAUUUCAGGAAUUCCCUCCCAGCCUUCAGGGAGAAGGAAAGGCUCCUUCAAGCAAUUGCAUGUAAUCAGGUUGUGGUAAUUUCUGGAGAAACUGGAUGCGGUAAGACCACCCAACUUCCUCAAUACAUUUUGGAGUCUGAAAUAGAAUCUGGCCGGGGAGCAUUCUGUAACAUAAUUUGUACUCAGCCUCGAAGAAUAUCAGCCAUGGCUGUUGCAGAAAGAGUGUCUGCAGAGAGGGGAGAGCCUCUUGGUGAAUCAGUUGGCUAUAAAGUACGAUUAGAGGGAAUGAAAGGCAAAAAUACACAUUUGCUCUUCUGUACAAGUGGUAUUUUGCUCCGCAGGCUCUUGAGUGAUCGCAACCUGGAUGGUAUAACUCAUGUUUUCAUCGAUGAGAUUCACGAGCGAGGCAUGAAUGAAGACUUCUUGCUGAUUGUGUUAAAGAACCUUCUCCCACGAAGACGGGAUUUGAGAUUGAUCUUGAUGAGUGCUACUCUGAAUGCUGAUUUAUUUUCUGAUUAUUUUGGUGGAGCACCAACAAUUCACAUUCCUGGCUUCACAUAUCCAGUAAAAGCCCACUUUCUGGAAGAUAUAUUGGAGGCAACUGGAUAUAAGUUGACUUCAUUUAAUCAAGUGGAUGAUUAUGGCCAGGAGAAGACGUGGAAAACACAAAGGCAGCUAGCACCACGAAAAAGGAAAAAUCAGAUCACUACUCUUGUUGAGGAUGCUCUGAAUAAAUCAAAUUUUGAGAGUUUUAACUCCAGGGUGCACGAGUCAUUGUCUUGCUGGACACCUGAUUCUAUUGGAUUUAAUCUCAUUGAGGCUGUUUUGUGUCACAUAUGUCGCAAGGAACGUCCAGGUGGUGUGUUAGUGUUUAUGACAGGGUGGGAGGAUAUUAGUUGUUUGAGGGAUCAACUAAAAGCUCACCCUCUGUUAGGGGACCCCAACAGGAUCCUGCUGCUUCCAUGUCAUGGUUCGAUGGCAACAUCUGAACAGAAACUCAUAUUCGAGAAGCCACCUCCUAAUGUUCGUAAAAUAGUACUUGCCACAAAUAUGGCCGAGGCAAGUAUUACAAUCAAUGAUAUCGUUUUUGUGGUUGACUGUGGAAAAGCAAAGGAGACUACUUAUGAUGCCCUAAAUAAUACACCCUGUUUACUACCUUCAUGGAUAUCACAAGCUUCUGCUCGGCAAAGAAGGGGUAGGGCUGGCCGUGUGCAGCCUGGCGAGUGCUACCAUCUAUAUCCACGAUGCGUUUAUGAAGCUUUUGCCGAAUACCAACUUCCUGAACUUCUAAGGACUCCUUUGAACUCCCUGUGCUUGCAAAUAAAAAGUUUGCAAGUUGGAAGUAUUGGAGAAUUUCUAUCUGCUGCUCUUCAGCCACCUGAACCAUUGGCUGUCCAAAAUGCUAUUGAAUUCUUGAAGAUGAUAGGUGCUUUAGAUGAAAAUGAGAAUCUUACUCAUCUUGGGAAGUUCUUGUCUGUGCUUCCAGUGGAUCCGAAACUUGGGAAAAUGCUAAUUCUUGGUGCUAUUUUUUCUUGCUUUGACCCUAUUUUGACGAUUGUUGCUGGUCUUAGCAUCAGGGAUCCUUUUCUUUUGCCUCAAGAUAAAAAGGAUUUAGCAGGGACAGCAAAGUCCAGAUUCUCAGCAAAGGACUAUAGCGACCAUAUGGCUCUUGUCCGAGCAUACGAAGGAUGGAGGGAUGCAGAGAGAGAAGGAUCUGCAUACGAGUAUUGUUGGAGAAACUUCCUCUCUGUCCAGACUCUUCAAGCCAUCCAUUCUCUUCGUAAACAGUUCACCUACAUUCUGAAAGAUGCUGGAUUGCUAGAUACUGAUGGAGUGACACACAAUAGAUUGAGUCAUAAUCAAUCAUUGGUUCGUGCUGUUAUAUGUUCUGGUCUAUUUCCUGGCAUUGCGUCUGUAGUGCACCGGGAGACAUCAAUGUCCUUCAAGACAAUGGAUGAUGGGCCGGUCUUGCUCUAUGCUAAUUCUGUGAAUGCACGUUACCAAACAAUUCCGUACCCAUGGCUAGUGUUCGGUGAAAAAGUAAAAGUCAAUACUGUAUACAUACGCGAUUCAACUGGAGUAUCUGAUUCUAUUUUGAUUCUUUUUGGUGGUAACCUCAACCAUGGUGCUACGGAUGGACAUUUGAAAAUGUUGGAAGGUUACAUAGAUUUCUUUAUGGAUCCUAGUUUGGCAGAGUGCUAUGUAAAGCUUAAGGAGGAGCUUGACACGCUUUUACAAAAGAAGCUUCAAGAUCCUGGCAUGGACAUCCACAAGGAAGGUAAAUACCUUAUGCUCUCUGUUCAGGAGCUGGUGUCGGGUGAUCAAUGCGAAGGGAGGUUUGUUUUUGGUCGUGAAAGCAAAAAGCCUCGAGAGCCGAAUGACAGUAGUCGAUUUACAAAAGAUGGAACGAAUCCGAAGAGCUUGCUACAGACGCUGUUGAUGAGGGCAGGUCACUCACCUCCCAAGUAUAAAACAAAGCAUCUUAAGACAAAUGAAUUUCGGGCCUUGGUGGAGUUCAAGGGAAUGCAGUUUGUGGGAAAACCAAAGAGAAAUAAAGCCCUUGCAGAGAGAGAUGCAGCUAUAGAAGCAUUGGCCUGGUUAACUCACACAUCUGAUAAUAAUCGCGAAGAAGAUAAUUCCCCGCCUGAUGUCACAGACAACAUGCUGAAACUUCUAGGAAAGCGCAGGAGGUCUAAACGCCGUCCAGGUUGA